GCCGAUUGGCCCGCGGGGCGGGCGGCGGCCAUUGGCGGCGGGACGGGGCGGGGCGGCGGCCAUGGAGCCCCGCGACCGCGCCGCCGAGCCGGGCCCGCCGUGGCCCCCCGGGUCCCCCCGCCCGCCGGCGGCCGCGCAGGCCAUGGAUUCUCCCUACGCAAAUGGAGCCUACAGCCCCCCAUACCCUCCGGCUCCCGGUGCCGCCCCGCACUACGCCGGCCUGCCGCAGACACGGGGGUACUACUGCUCCGGGCCCCCGCGGACCCCCUACCCCACCGAGUCCACGGGCAUGUACCGGCCCCCGUCGCCCGCUCCCCCCUGGAGCUACGCCCCGCCGGACUGCCCUGCCGAGGGGUCCUCUCUCCGGAGGCAGCAGGUUCCUGGCUACUCCCCACCGCAGACCCCGGGAAUGCCCAUCCCGCAGUAUCCGUAUGGAGACAAUCCCGGGGUCACGCCGCAGGGGCCUCCGCCACAGCCCAGACCCCCGGAGGACACGUGGGCUCCCCCCAUCUAUGGGGUGCAGCCCCGUUACGGCUGGCCGGCUGCUCCGGCACACGGGAACCCGUUUGUCUCCGAAUCCCAUCCACACUGGACCGGCAGCGGAGCUCCUUCCCACCCUUCCCCAUGGGACUCAAAGGACAGUGCUUACGACAAACCUGAGCAAAGCGCAAACCAACACAACUACUAUCCCGAUGUCCAUCACCAGCACUCUGGGACCAUGAAUGACCACAAGCCAGCCACGCCGCUCAGCGCCAAGCCAUCCCCCUCCAACCCCAAGGUGCAGUACAGCGCCCAGCCCCAAAUGUACGACAGCGCGUCUCGGAAGCUUUUAGCCGGGAACCGGGAGGCUGGUUUUAAACCCGGCGACCAGCAUUCAUCAAAUUCCGCAGCCAUCCAGCCCGAGAUUCAGAGAAUCCUCCACGUUAUGGCGGAGGCUGAACAGCUGGAGCAAGAGGUGGAUGAAUUUGUAGGAAAAAAGACAGAUAAAUCCUACCGGCUUCUGGAGGAGAUGUUGACGAAGCUGCUGUUGGAACUGGAUUCCAUCGAGACUGGUGGCCAGGACAGUGUCCGGCAGGCCAGGAAAGAGUCCGUCCACAGAAUUCAGGCCAUACUGGAAAAACUGGAAAGAAAGGGAUUGUGAAAGCACAUCAGCCCCAACACACAGUCUGUUGCUGAGGUUCCAAAGAGUUUUAGUUCUGUUAAAUCUCAUCUCUUUCUGCUACGCACUAUUGACAAUGGAAUAGCAAUAAGCCCUGGGUUAAAAACACAAACAAAACCACCAAAAAAACCCCCCAACCCAGCAGCCCGGCCCCAACCAAUAACCUGGCAAUGGACAAAUUAAGAGAGGUCCAAAGCAGCAAACGGAAUUGUUUGUUCCAGGCCUUGGAAAGGCAGAACCACCCGAGGUGCUUACGCUGUAGGGGUCUCCAUGGGAAUCCACAUCCUCUGCAUCAGCGGGAAGAGAAUCACUGUACAAAGUUCCCCAAACCAGCCCCCAUCUCUGGGUGCCUCCUGCAGCCGCAGCAGUUCUUUACGCAGCUGAAACUUCUCAGAUGUGGUCACAACGGUACGUGCAGCCACAACCAAGACUCUGGGCUUGUCGGUCACUGUGUGUCUUUUCAGCUUCAGCUUCUUCCCAUAAAAACUUGUGUGUCGUCGUAGGGUUUUGCUUGGUUUUAGUGCACUCAAGUAGCUACACCGAAGUGCUGCAGAAAGGGACCACGCUGGCAGCCCAUCAACGCAAGCAGAUGUCACGUCAUGCUGUUCCUCCUCUGUCGCGAAGGGCCAGUCCCUGGUUUCCCCCGUGGACAUGGGAACACAGCCUGGAAACCUCCGUUCUGCCACUGGAAAGGAGAGGGACAAGCCGAGGAACGAUGUCGGAGCAGAGCAACCCAAAACGGCAGGACGCUUGGAAACGCUUUCCAGGUCACUUGGGUGAAAAUCCACUUUUUAAUUGUAACGUCCUUCCACGUACUGCAAGUUUUGUAUUCCACUG